AUGGGGACUUUGUCUAAGGGUUUCGUCAAGUUUCUUUGGGGAUAUUCACAAGGAAAACCUGAUAGGUGGACCUUAUUUAUAAGGCGAGAAAUACAGAAACAGGAAAACAGCGUACGGAGAGAUCAGCGAUAUACUGGCUUUAUCGACGUCAGAAGAUUCAGAAUUCACGCUAGAAUUCCGGAAAUUUCGGAUUUUGGAGUGAUGCCGAUGCUGUCGCAAUACCAUGUUUCCCUUUCGGCAUGCCGUAGUGGAGAAAAGUGCACUGAAUGGACUGUGGUGCAAGACGCAGGACUCCUUGAAGGCGUUGCGAAUAUCACUUUGAUGCAGAGUAAUCGUGGUUGUAUCUGCGAUUUAUUCGAUUCGAGGGACAAAUACGCCACGUUGUUACCAAAAGGAACCAAUACUAUGAUAGGAAACGGACUCACUAAGGGAAUCUCUAACAUGUAUUUUUCACAACACAUAACGUUUGACUACAAGAAUACUCCACAACCAUUCAAAGUUAAAGACUAA